AUGGCUUCACGUACAAGAAAAAUCUCAGUUGUUGGUGCUCGUGGUGUUGGUAAAUCCACCUUAGUUGUCCAAUACGUUGAUAACUAUUUUUUAGAAAGUUAUUAUCCAACUAUACAAAAUCAAUUUAAUAAAUCAAUCAAAUUUAGAAAUCAAACUUAUGAAGUUGAAAUACUUGAUACUGCUGGCCAGGAUGAAUUCACAAUAAUAAACGAUUCCACUAUCGUUCAUGGUUAUAUCAUGGUUUAUGCUAUAAAUAGUAGAUCAUCAUUUGAAUUAUUACCAGUUAUAAGAGAUAAGAUUUUAGAUUCAAUCGGUACUGAUAAAGUUCCAAUGAUUCUUGUUGGUAAUAAAUUGGAUCUUGAAAGAAAAGUUUCUAAAGAAGAGGGUGUUAAAGUGGCUAAAGAUUUUGGUAUACCUUAUAUUGAAGUUAGUGCUAAGAUGAGUAGUGGUGAAAAUAGUGAUAUUAGUAAAAUUUUUGUAUCAUUAUUAGAACAAAUUGAAGGUGAAAAGAUUGACACUACAAAUGAGAAAUGUGUUAUUGUUUAA